UACAUCCUUUUGCAACACACGUAUAGGUUUCAAUAUUACAAAAAAUGAGGAGCUCAAUCGGAAUGGUUUUGACAUUGAUAGUAAUUGAAUCCCUUCUUUGAGCUUGAGUGAACGUCAGUCCGUGAUGAUGCCGACUCGUUGUGGAACGCACUUGUCGCAGUCAGUCGCACAGCUGUACCUGCUUUUAGCUUGACUCGCAUUUUGUAUAUUGUUUUCGCUAUCCUUCUUUUCGUAAUGUGUUAUCUAGCGCUCCCAUCUAGACUUUUGCCAACCCAUAUGUUAGCCGUAACAUGAAAUACUAAAAACGAUUUCGGUGUAAUGCGACAGCAGCUUUUUUUCUCGUUCUUUCCAUUGUUAUUCCAAAGUGCGUUUUGAAUAGGUCGGCGACAAAAGAGAGCCUUAGUAUCUUACUAAAAACACAACUUUACAAUGGAGGAUAUUUCGGUGGCUCAUCAAGCCACGUUUGUCAAUCUUGGAUUUGGCACGGAGCUGUCCGAUUUGGGCUCGAGCACGAGAGCCGGGCAUGGCUAUUCAACGUUUCCUUCGUUUAAAUCUCUACCUGUGACGUAUUCAUGGAGCAACAUUGAAGUUUAUGCAGAAGAAAAACGGGCCAGCUGCUUCACUCGUUCACCCCAAGUUCCUAAGAAAAUCCUCAAGAACGUUAGUGGAUGCGUUGGACCAGGCGAGUUUCUUGCACUCAUGGGAGCAAGUGGAGCUGGGAAGACGACCCUCCUCAAUUGCCUGACAUUCAGGAACACGGGCAAACUGAAGAUCACGGGUCAAAGACAUCUCAAUGGCGAAGCAGUUGACAUCGACAUGCUGGCCAGACACUCUGGAUACGUCCAGCAAAACGAUUUGUUUAUUCCGACUCUAACAGUCAAAGAACAUUUGAAAUUUCAGGCUUUGCUCCGGAUGGAUGGAAGCUUCAGUUAUGAUGAGCGGAUGAAACGUGUUAACGAAGCUAUUCAAGAGUUAGGAUUGGCUAAAUGUGCGGACACGGUCAUUGGACAUGCAGUAACAGGGAUCAAAGGCAUCUCGGGUGGUGAGAGGAAACGUCUUGCAUUUGCAUCAGAGACACUGACUAACCCUUCGUUGAUAUUCUGCGAUGAACCCACGUCAGGAUUAGAUUCUUUCAUGGCCAACAACAUCAUUCAAGUGUUGAAAAAGAUUGCGCUAACUGGGAAGACGGUGGUGUGCAGCAUCCAUCAACCUUCGUCCGAUGUUUUUGAUCUCUUUGAUCGCAUUUUCUUGAUGGCAGAAGGAAGGACGGCUUUCUUCGGUCCUGUAUCCGAUGCCAAGUCCUUUUUCUUAAGCCGAGGUUUGCCUUGCCCGUCUAAUUACAAUCCAGCCGAUUUCUACAUUCAGACGUUGGCUACUGUGCCGGGCGAGGAAGUCGAAUCUAAGAAGAAGAUCAACGAGAUUUGCGAUGCUUUCGAAUCUUCAGAAGCCAAUCGUCUUGUCUUGGCAACAGCUAAAAUCAAUUCACGUCAGAUAAAUCGUGAAACCAAUGAACUUACUGGAAGUAAUGUGCAGAAUUCUCUUUACAAAGUCUCCUGGUUUGCCCAGUUUAAGGCCGUCCUUUGGCGAUCUCUCAUCUCCGUGGUCCGUGAGCCGACAACGUUGAAAGUUAAAAUGUUUCAAACGAUCUGUAUUGCAGCCAUGGUUGCUCUCAUCUUUCAAGGACACGUCCUACAAUACGUGAGCAUUCGGAACAUUCAAGGAGGCAUCUUGAUACUCCUUAGCAAUGCUACGUUCAUACACAUCUACGGAGUUGUAACCGUAAUCACGAACGAAAUACCCAUAGUUCUGCGUGAACAUCGUAUGAAAAUGUAUCGCACUGAUGUCUAUUUCCUGUGCAAAACGCUGGCCGAUCUGCCAGCUGAUUUUAUAUUCCCUUUCAUCUUUACUUUGAUUACCUAUCACGCUAUCGGAUUGAACGUGUUGGCCGAUCGAUUUUUCAUUGCGUGUGGAAUUAUGAUCCUCGUCACGAACGCAGUCACGUCCUUUGGCUAUUUCGUUUCGUGUUUAAUCAGUUCAACGGAGAAUGCCAUUAAUUCAGUCACUCCCCUCGUGACUCCAUUGUUGUACAUUGGUGGGUUUUAUAUUCAAAACAGCGCCGUUCCAGCUUAUCUCGAUUGGAUGCGUUACCUGUCUUGGUUCAUGUACGGUAACGAAGCGCUUUCCAUCAAUCAAUGGGUUGGUGUUCAGUUCAACGAUACCGCCUGCCCUGAUAGCGUUUGCAUCGGGGAGGACAUCUUGAAAGAUUACGAUUAUAAUCCGGACUUUUAUUAUCGCGAUAUCAUUGGUUUGUGCGGAUUGAUUGUCGGCUUCCGUGUUUUAGCUUUCUUUGCACUUUUGCGCAAAACGUAUUGGAAAGAUUGAAUGUGUAGAUUGUUCUCGCCAUCAUAUCUAGGCUACAGCGGAUGACACGAGGUUCAAUAAAAAUUCUGCAAUUUAAAUUCGUGUUGUUUUUGCGUGUGUAGGUCACACAAG